AUGGCUGUCCUAUCAUUGAUGCCGGCGCUGCUACUUGCGCUGGCAUCAUGGACGCCAUCGGUGUUCGCCCAGAGCGCCGCCGAAUAUUUUGUUCAAAACUUGCCCGGCGCACCCAAGGAACCCUUCAUUAAGAUGCACGCAGGUCACGUCGAGGUCACUCCCGAACACAACGGAAACCUUUUCUUCUGGCAUUUCCAGAACCAGCAUAUCGCCAACAGACAGCGCACCGUUAUCUGGCUCAACGGCGGCCCCGGCUGCAGUUCCGAGGAUGGCGCCUUGAUGGAAAUUGGCCCUUACCGCGUCAAGGAUAAGGAUACUCUUGUCUACAACAAUGGUUCUUGGAACGAGUUUGCCAACCUGCUCUUCGUCGAUAACCCCGUCGGCACCGGCUUCAGUUAUGUUGACACCAACUCUUACCUGCACGAGCUUCCCGAGAUGGCCGAACAGUUCGUCCAGUUCCUCGAGAAGUGGUUCGCCAUGUUCCCCGAGUACGAGCAUGACGACAUUUACCUCGCAGGCGAAUCGUACGCUGGCCAGCACAUCCCUUACAUCGCGAAGCAAAUGCUCGAGAGAAACAAGAAGCCUGGAACCAAGAACAUCUGGAACCUGAAGGGUCUUUUGCUGGGAAACGCAUGGAUCUCCCCCAAGGAGCAAUAUGAUGCCUAUCUCAAGUUUGCCUACGAGAAGAAGCUCAUUGAAAAGAGCUCCCCCGUGGCACUGAAGCUCGAGCAGCAAUGGCGCAUCUGCCGCACUUCCCUUGCUGUUGAGCAUACCGUCGACUUCGCCGAGUGCGAAACCGUCCUGCAGGAGCUUCUUGCCGAGACGGCCAAGGUGAACUCCAAGGGCGAGCGUGACUGCAUCAACAUGUACGACAUUCGUCUCAAGGAUACUUACCCCUCUUGCGGAAUGAACUGGCCCCCCGACCUGGUCCAUGUUACCCCCUACCUGAGAAGAACCGACGUCGUCAAUGCUCUGCACAUCAACCCCCAGAAGACCACCGGCUGGAAGGAAUGCAAUGGUGCUGUCGGCGCCGCAUUUAGAGCCAAGAACUCGGCUCCUUCGAGAGACUUCCUGCCUGAUCUGCUGAAGGAGGUUCCGAUCGCACUCUUUUCCGGCGCCGAGGACCUGAUCUGCAACCACGUUGGAACCGAACAGAUGAUUGGCGACAUGGAAUGGAACGGCGGUAAGGGUUUUGAGGUGUCCCCUGGAAACUGGGCACCGCGUCGUGACUGGACCGUCGAGGGCGAGCCCGCUGGUUUCUGGCAGGAGGCGCGCAACCUCACCUACAUUCUCUUUUACAACUCGUCCCACAUGGUACCCUUCGAUUACGCCCGCCGCUCCCGCGACAUGCUCGACCGUUUUAUGAAGGUCGACAUCAGCUCCGUUGGCGGAACGCCCAUCGACUCCCGACUUGACGGCGAGAGCGGCCCUGCCACCUCAGUCGGCAACAUUGGCAACAACACCAAUGUUGACCAAGAGACGCAGAAGAAGCUGGACGAGGCUAAAUGGAAGGCAUACUACCGAUCCGGCGAAAUCGUCCUCGUCAUUGUCGUUAUCGCCGCCAGCGUCUGGGGCUGGUACAUCUGGCGCGAGCGUCGCAAGCGUAGGGGCUACACCGGCCUCAUGGGCGGCCCACCGGCGACAAGCCAGAGAUCCAACGCGCGGGGCUUGGAGGGCUUCCGCGACAGACGCACCGGUCGUGACGUGGAGACCGGCGACUUUGACGAGAGCGAACUCGAUGAUCUCCAUGUGACGACGCCGACUACGACGGAAAUGGACAAGGACCGCUACAGCGUUGGAGGAGACAGCGAUGACGAGCCUCAGGAGAAGAGGUCCUCGGGCGCAGCGAACGGCAGUCGCUCAGCGAGGUAA